AAAAAUUUUAUUCUGAAAUGUCUGACCACAGUGUACAGGACCAGACCGGCGAGUCGUCGGAGGCCGGCAGGCAGAAGCCAAAGAAGGAGGACAUUGGCGAGCUUGUGGCCAAGGCCUGCCGCAACGAAGCGGUUCAAGAAGGUGCCGCUGACGCCCGAGUAUCUGCAGGAGGACUAUGAGCAGAACAUGCUGGGCACAACCGCCGGGUUCUUUUGCGCGAUCUGGGCCGGCACCCUGCUGAGCGAGCCGCUGGCCAGCUCCUUCACAUCGUUUGACUACCCCGAUGUGGACGUCGACGGCUACUACUACUUUGGCGGCAAGGACAUCGCGCUGAGCCUGCUGCUCGCCAGCAAGCUGCUGUUUGUGCGCGCCCUGCUGUUCCGCUACGUUCUGCGGCCCCUGCUGCGUGCGUGCGGUGUCACGACCUUUGAGCGGCGGCAGCAGAUCGCAGAGCACCUGUACCUGGCCGCUGUCUCGGGCGUGUCGGUGCUGGCUGGCGCCUAUUUCGCUCUGCCGCUGGUAGAGGGAGUCGAGGGCGUGUGGAGCGGGUACCCGUCACUCAGCGUGCCGUUUGCCGCCAAGGUGUUUGUGGUCACGCAGGCUGCGUACCGCAUCUCGGAGCUGGCUGUCUUGUACUUUGAGGGCGAGAGCCGCCAGGACUACUACGAUCACGCCAUCGUCCUCUAUCUGACUGCCGGGCUUAUCGCCUGCGCUGGCCGUCUGGGCCUGGUUGGCUUCGCCGGUGCCGUGGCGGUCUGCAUUGACCUGCCGGUGCUCUGCUCGGCUGCCGCGCGUAUCACGGGCAUCGGCUUCGGGGCGGCCAAGAUGGCGGCCAUCGCCGUCCGCUGUGCUGUGCUCCCGUUGCUGGCGCUCAGCACAGCCAGGGGCGCACCCGAGGUCCUGGCUGAGGGCAACCCCGACGAGGGUCUGCUGUGGACGCAGGGCAUGCGGAUCACGUUCCUGUCGACGCUUUUCGUCGUCCUGGCCCUUGGCAUCAACGAGGCCAUUGGCGCCAAGGCCGAGGAGACCACAAAGGCUGUGGCCCGUGGCAAGAAGGACCAGUGAGCCAGGAUUAUCUGCUCGGAUUAGCCGGCGCUGUGCGACAAUUUUUUACCUAGCCAUUUUAUUGCAGCCUGCCAAUCACAUGGAUGUUGUGUUUUCCCCAUCGCCCACAUCGCCAGCCCAGCAGCAAGAGGGGUACGGUUCGCGGCAGCCCGACGGGAUCCCGCCCAGCGCUGCAAUGAG